AUGAAAACGCGUGCUGCUGUUAUGUAUGAACACAAUCAACCUGUCGUUGUUGAGGAGCUUGAAUUAGAUGAUCCGAAGGAAAACGAAGUCCUCGUCCGGACCGCUGCGAGUGGUGUCUGUCAUUCCGAUCUGUCCGUGGUGACCGGGACCAUCUACUACGACGCAGCUGUCGCCCUCGGACACGAAGGUGCUGGCGUGAUUGAGCAUGUUGGCAGGAAUGUAACCGGUUUUCAGCCCGGCGAUACAGUAAUUUUGUCUUUUGUGAGUUAUUGUGGCAAUUGUCGGAUGUGUCAAAUGGAACGGGUCUGCCUCUGCCAAACCUACGAUGUGCCUCGCGGAUUCCUAUUGGAUGGCACUUACCGCCUCCACAACAGCUCAGGUGAUGGGAUUCUCCAGAUGGCACGGAUCGCAACGAUGUCGGAGUACAUGGUUGUUCCGGAACAGAAUCUCGUCAAAAUUGACCCGCACUAUUCGUUAGAGAAAGCCGCACUCGUGGGAUGUGGCGUGACGACAGGCGUCGGGGCAGUGCUUAACACGGCAAAGGUUGAGCCGGGCAGCACCGUAGCGGUUAUCGGGACCGGCGGCGUCGGUUUGAAUGCCAUCCAAGGUGCCGUGCUCGCACAGGCAGAACGGAUUAUCGCUGUCGAUAUUGCGGAGAAGAAACUCAACUUUGCGAAAAAUUUCGGGGCAACGGAUGUCGUCAACGCCGCUGAGACUGAUCCCGUUGAAGCCGUUCGGGAGUUGACAGAUGGCUUGGGCGUAGAUUACGCAUUUGAGGUGAUUGGGAAUCCCAAGACGAUUGUACAGGCAUACGAUAUGGUCCGACCCGCUGGGAGUGCCGUUAUUGUAGGAAUAGCGCAUCAUGCGUCGGAAUUCAGCAUUCCUGCCCAACGCUUUGUCUCAAGUGAGAAACGAUUGAUCGGUUCAUUUUACGGAUCCUGCCAACCACGGGUGGAUAUGCCGAAACUUCUCAAUCUGUAUACAGAAGGCAAAUUGAAAUUGGAUGAACUGAUUUCACGCCACUAUCGACUUGAGCAGAUUAAUGAGGCUUUUGCGGAUAUGGAAGCGGGAGAAAACGCUCGCGGGGUUAUUGUUUUCAAUUAA